GUUUGUGCGUUUCGUGUCGUUUGUCCCUCCUCUCGUCCCUUACCGACCGAAUGCUAAUCACGUGACCGGGCAGGGCUGCUGCUGCUGCUGCCAGAGAACUAACUGUCAACCACACUGUUAUUGUUGGAUCCAUCUGUGUCCCUGGAGUGUUGAUGGAGACGUCAUUGGGGGGGUCGCACACCCCGUGACAUGUGGCCCGAGGCAGGAAUCUCCCACUUUGCAUCUCCUGUCCCUGAACGCAGCACGCCGCCAUGGCCUCCAGUUACCCCACCCCCUUUGAGGGCACGGGGGAAGUGAAGGAGGGCUUCCUGUGCCCGCUGUGCCUGAAGGACCUGCAGUCCUUCUACCAGCUCCAGGACCACUAUGAGGAGGAGCACUCCGGGGACGACGGCCACGUGCGGGGGCAGCUCAAGAGUUUGGUUCAGAAGGCGAUGAAAGCCAAAGACAAGCUGCUGAAGCGGGAUGGAGACGAGCGACCGGACACCGGCAGCUACGAGUCCUUCUACUACGGCGGAGUGGACCCCUACAUGUGGGAGCCUCAGGAACUGGGAGCGACCAGAAGUCACCUGGACUUGUUUAAAAAGCACCGGGCCGCUCGGAUAGAUCACUACGUCAUUGAGGUCAACAAGCUCAUCAUCAGACUGGAAAAGCUGACGUCGUUCGACAGGAUCAACUCCGAUGUCGCCAAAAUCCGAGCCAUUGAGAAGUCGGUGGUGUCCUGGGUGAGCGACUCGGACGUCCCGUUCUGUCCCGACUGCGGGAACAAGUUCAACAUCCGGAACCGGCGGCACCACUGUCGCCUGUGUGGCUCCAUCAUGUGCAGGAGGUGCAUGGAGUUCGUCCCCAUUCCUCUGGCUCACAAGCUGAUCAACGGGACCCGAGAGGCGCUGUGUGUCCCCGGGAGCCCCGUCCAGUCCCAGUCCCCCCCGGCCGGGGUCGUGUGCGUGGGCGGGGGCGGGAUGGGCUCCAGGAGAGGCAGCAUCAGCAGCCUGAGCAGCGUGACGUCCAUGCUGGAGGAGAAGGACGACGAGAAGAUCCGCUGCUGCCGCCACUGCAUGGACACGCUGCUGAAGAGGCAGCAGAAGCUGGAGGAGAAGGACCACAUGCCGGACGUGGUGAAGCUCUACGAGCGGCUGAGGAUGUGCAUGGAGAAGGUGGACGAGAAGGCUCCGGAGUACAUUCGAAUGGCUGAGUCGCUGAACGCCGGAGAAACCACCUACAACCUCGACACCGCCGGCGGACUGAGACUGGAGGUGCAGAAAUACUACGAACUAAUCGACGCCCUGAGUAAGAAGAUUCUAACACUGGGAGCCAAAGACGAACCGCCCCCGCGGCCGAAGGCCCUCCAGCUGCAGAGGAUGAUCCGCUACACGGCCACGCUGUUCGUCCAGGAGAAACUUUUGGGUCUCAUGUCUUUACCCACCAAGCAUAAAUAUGAGGAACUGAAAGAAAAGCGGAAACAGGAACAGGAGAAGAGACUCCAGCAGGAGAGACUGGCGACCCAGGAGACCCUGAAAAGGAGGCAGGAGUCGGAGAAGAACCGCCCGCCGGCGCCGCCCAGCACCAACGGAGAGCUGCCGCGGGCCCCGAGAGUGACCAAAGUGGGCGGAUGGCUGCCCUCCGCGGACGGCGUCCACGCGCGCGCCGAGCACGAGGACCCCCUCCUGCAGCAGAUCGAGAACAUCCAGUCGUUCCUGCGGCAGGCGCGGGACGCGCGGCGGGCGGACGAGGUGGCCAUGCUGGAGGAGAACCUGCGGCAGCUGCAGGACGAGUACGACCAGCAGCAGACCAGCCGGGCCAUCGCGCUCUCCCAGAAGCUCGCCGCCGAGGAGAGCCUGCAGCAGGGCGAGCUCGAGCGCCUGGAGGCGUGGGAAAGGGAGGAGCGGGGGCAACGGGGCCCCGCCGCGGGCGGCGCGCGGCCCCCCGUGGCGUGGGAGGGGCCUCCGGACGGCGGCCGCCAAGACGACGGGGAGGAGGAAGCGGGGGAGCUGACGCCGACGGCCGAGGGGAGUCCGUCCCCCGCGAGGGCAGAGUCCCCCGCGCUCGCCGGGCAGGAGGAGUCGCCACCCAGGCUGAGGAGCUUAGGGGGCCACGUGACCCCCCCUGGUGGCGAAGGGCAGAACAGCGCCUCCCUCAACCCCUUCGAUGACGAGGAGGCCACUCCCGUCGAGGAGGAUCCGUCCAAUCCCUUCUUUGAGGACAUGAAGCGGGAGCACCGGGAGGUCGGCGGCGGGAGGGAGUACAACCCGUUCAACGAGGACGACGAGGUCAAGCGCGGCGAGGCCGGGAACCCCUUCGAAGACAGCGACGCCGAGGCCGGGAACCCUUUCCUGGAGGGGAACUCUCCGGUAGUCUCCACGAACCCCUUCGACGGGGACGAGGUGGCGGGGGACCUGCCCGACGUGGACGUGAUCGAGGAGGAGCUCCUGCUGCAGCAGAUCGACAACAUCCGGGCCUACAUCUUCGACGCCAAGCUCAGCGGGCGCCUGGACGAGGUGGAGCUGCUGUCGGUGAACCUCAGAGAGCUGCAGCGCACCCUACAAGAGCAGAAGAAAAAGAAGCACUGAGCCCCCCGAAUACCUGCUACUUACCAAGUCCUGCAAGGCUAGCCCACUUUACAAGACUCAUGAGCCCUGUGGUUUUAGGUCGGGCGAGGUCUUGCUGCCCCACAGAGAGGUUUGGCGAGUUCUGAGAUUCUUCUUUCUAAACCACUCCCCCCUGUACGGAGCGCUGGAGUCGUAUUUCAGCAUGCACAUGUGUUCAAGCACCGCGAGGAAAAGUCCAUUUGUACAGUUUGCAUGUUUCUGUCUACGUGAGCCGGGGGGGGGGGACAAGAGGGAACCAAGAAGCAUUUAAUGCACAUUUGAAAAUCUAUAGUUAAAUAACACCAGGGUGGUUUUUGCCAAAUGAUGUUCAGAGUGUAAAAAUAACCUGAGUUCAUGCAGCUCCUUGUGGAUCCUCCCUGCAGAUUCCUUAUCGUACUGACAACUUUAGUUUAUUUGAGGUAAUUGAAGGAAUAACAACAAAAAAACACUUUGAAUUCACUAAUUAAAUCCGCCUGAUCAUUCAGUUGUUGUCGACCGAAAUGUCAUGUAGUGCUUAAAUUAUGAGCUCGGUCACAUGACUCGCUGUCCUUCCGCGUCUUUUAAUCGCGUCACAAAUUAUAAGGGAAAUAAAAGCCGCCGUUGAUGCUCCCGUCCUGUGACGUAUUCUCAUAAACUGAAUUUCCUGUCUGAACGGUCGCGCUUUCAGUUCCGUUUUCUUUUCGUGUGUUUGGUCAGUGUCUCCUCGCCGGGGUCCCGUUAUCUUUUAAAAGCACUGAACCAGGUUGAACCCCCCCCCCCGUCCCGAGGGACUUCUCUCGUUCUUCGAUGCCGGCCUUUUUAAAAUUGAACCAGAGGCCGCGUUUGACUUCCAGCUUUUAUUUUUCAUUCACAAAUCUGGACUAAUAAAAUCGCAGGUUUAAGAAUACAAAGCCUUGGAUGCCAGCAGUAGUUUUUGUUCACGAUCGCUUCAAACGGCAUCUGCUGAGGCACAUCGCUUCCUCGAGCCAUCGAAUAAGACGCUAGAAUGCUAGAAUCAGUGUUACAGACGUAAUCAACUUAAAUCUUCGGGUUAACGGAAACAUCGUGAACAGGUUUGUCAGAUAAAUUAUCACUACAUCGAUGCCAACAAGUAUUAUCGCUCAGUUCUGCUCUGAGUUGUCAUAGUGCUUCACACUGUGUGUGUAUUCUGUUGAUCUCACACUAAUAUCUGAUGUCCACACAGAAGCAGAACAUGUGACACUAAAUGUUUUGUGAGCGCGAAUAACCGGAGCUUCUUUGUGUGUAAGCAAGUGAUUUUUAUUUUUUUAGCUCAUUUGCCGAAACUUUUUUUUUUUUAAGCACGAACUUCCAUCACAGCACCAAUAAAAAGAAAGAAAGAAAAUUGUUAAAGUAAAAA